AUGCCAUGUUUUUCAGCAUCCCCCCGCCAUCGCAGGCUGACACUUGCGCUAUUGUUUUGUAUUGCUAUUUGGCAACUCAAUUCAUACCUUAGCUACGGCUCUAGCCUCUAUAAUAUAGCCACUUAUUGGGAAUGGGUUUUGUGGACCGAUGAAGAUAAUCUCCAGCUUGUGAAGGACUACUUCCCAUGGCUUGAGGACACCUUUUUAAGCCUACCUGGUAAUAUUUAUCGGGCAGAUUUAGCACGGAAUCUCUACAUGUACAUGUUUGGCGGGAUAUACGCCGAUUUAGACACGGAGUGUCUGCGUCCUACAUUCGAUGCACUCAGAUCAAACAAUAUUUCGCUGUCUGGCGAGUCGAAGAAUGAGUUUACGGAUGAAAGCUCCAUGAGCCAUGUCGCCAUGUUCGGUCGCAUGGGCUCUGAUCAAAAUUUUGAUCACCAUCUACCAAACGCGUGGAUGGCAGCUUCGGUUCGACAUCCCUUCUUUCUUUUGCCGUUGGAAUUCGCAAAAGCCGAGAUACAAAAGAGUAAACGUAUUCUGCACCAAUUAUGGUACGAUUAUCCAUCAGCAGAGGAGCUGACCGGGCCUAUUGCGCUGGCAAAAAAUAUUCGGCGAUAUCAAGUUUGUGGCGAUACGCUGGAUAGCAUAAUAUUAUUACCUGAUGGUCUGAUAUACCCCUUCAAUUGGAAUGAAGGCCAGGAUAUACGGUCAAUUUGCUCAGCUGAGAAAGACUCCUUUAAUGAGAGCAGUUGUAAAGAGACGUUAGGUGUUGGCGUAAAAGGCAGCAUAUCCAUAACAUAUUGGAGCCACACUCACAGAGGCAAGGGCUCAGAUGACGAAAACAUAGAUCGCAUUAGCCAAGAGAAAUAACACUUUGGUGUUAUAGAAACUAGUCAGCUUGAUUGCAAU